AUGGAGGUUCAGGUGGAGGUGGAGGAUACGGAGGCGCUGGAGCGCAUGGCGUAUGUGGUUAUGGAGGAGGAGCUGGUGGAGGUGAAGGUGCAGGUGGGGGAUAUGGAGCAGCUGGCGGUGGCCAUGGUGGUGGGGGAGGGAGUGGAGGCGGUGGAGGCUCUGGCGGUGUUGCAGGUGGCGGAUAUGGAGGAGGAGCCGGAAAAGGAGGUGGUGAAGGGAGCUGGAUCGGGAGGUGGAUAUGGUGGAGAGCAUGGUGGUGGAUAUGGAGGUGGUGGUGGAAGUGGUGGCGGUGGCGGGGGUGGUGCCGGCCCUGGCGGAGCUUCUGGAGGUGGAUAUGGUAGUGGUGGAGGAUCAGGUGGAGGAUAUGGAGGUGGAGCAGCUGACGGCGGAGGCGGUGGCUCUGGUGGGGGUGGUGGUUAUGGUGGAUAUGUGGCUGUGCCUCCUGAUGCAGAAUUCGAAUAA